AGAUUGGAGAGGGCACAGGGCCAGGGACUCUGGCCAGACAUAGGCCCAGGUCUGUGGCUGGCCAGCUGCGGCUGUGGGGCCCGGCAUGUGUCUCAACAUGGCCCUGGAGCUCUACAUGGACCUGCUGUCAGCCCCCUGCCGUGCCGUCUACAUCUUCUCGAAGAAGCAUGACAUCCGGUUCAACUUUCAGUUUGUGGAUCUGCUGAAAGGUCACCACCACAGCAAAGAAUACAUUGACAUCAACCCCCUCAGGAAGCUGCCCAGCCUCAAAGAUGGGAAAUUUAUCUUAACUGAAAGUGUGGCCAUCCUCUACUACCUGUGCCGCAAGUACAGCGCUCCAUUACACUGGUACCCGCCAGACCUGCACACACGUGCCCGUGUGGAGGAGUUCAUGGCUUGGCAACACACGGCCUUUCAGCUGCCCAUGAAGAAGAUAGUCUGGCUCAAGUUGCUGAUUCCAAAGAUAACAGGCGAGGAAGUUUCAGCUGAGAAGAUGGAACAUGCAGUGGAAGAGGUGAAGAACAGCCUGCGGCUCUUUGAGGCGUAUUUUCUGCAGGAUAAGAUGUUCCUCACCGGGGACCAAAUCUCACUGGCUGACUUGGUGGCCGUGGUGGAGAUGAUGCAGCCCAUGGCAGCCAACUACAAUGUCUUCCUCAACAGCUCCAAGCUAGCUGAGUGGCACAUGCGGGUGGAGCUGAAUAUCGGCUCUGGCCUCUUUAAGGAGGCCCACGAUCGACUAAUGCAGUUGGCCGACUGGGACGUUUCCACAUUGGAUCCGAUGGUCAAGGAGAAUAUUUCUGAGUUGCUGAAGAAGAGCAGGUGACCCUAGGCCCAGCCCAUCCUGCAGGGCCUGGCUGGCUUAGCAAUCUGAGCCACCUUCCUCAAAGGAAAUGCUAAAAAACACAAACAAAAACAAAAAAACUGUUCUUUGCCUAAUAAAGAGCUGAACAACCAUCA